GUCGUGUGCAGUCACCCGGGUGAUCGUUUCGGUACUUGGGUUUCCCCAGCACGCAACGUCUACAAGGCUGCCUGAAGGAUAGGGCAGAGUCUAUACAAAAGGAGCGGAUUGGUAUCAUAAGGAAUCAUCCCUCAAAUUCCAGGACGCGUCUUUCCCCUCGAAAUUUGGCCCAAUGCCACCGUCACCUGCUUCUGACACGAGCUACACGCAAUCAUGCGAGGACUUCGCCCAGAAACAUGCUCCCUUGACCUCAUUCCCAUCUCUUGAGGCGCAGCUUCGCUAUGGCUAUUUCCCUUCAGCUAAGGAGGUGAACGACGCGCGUAAUGCGUCGCUCCGUGCGAAGGAAGAGUUGGAGAAAUACGACGCCGAAAUUAAUCACCUACAAUCGACGCUCGACACCCUCAAAUCCCAGCGUCAACUUCUCGCGCGGCGAGACGCUGAGUAUAGCAGCUACGCCGCCCCCAUCCGCCGUUUACCCCCAGAGAUACUCCAGGAGAUCUUCCUGUACGAGUACCACGCACAGUCUCUGCCAGACCGAGAGCAUCGACGGCCGGGGCUCUUCGUUCUGACGAUCGCGUCUGUCUGCAAGCGCUGGAGAGAUGUCGCCACCCACACCCCCGCUCUCCACGAUCGCAUCCUCCUCCGACGAAAUUACCCUCUCGUAUGCUGGCGCCUGGCGCAUUCCGGAACAUUGCCACUAAACAUCUACAUCGACGACGAACUCGCGACAGAUGAAGCUCUGGAGACAAUGCGGCUAUUAGACGCGCAGGCGCACCGAUGGUCCUCGUUCACCAUCGCGCACGUCGGGAAGCUCUUGCCGAGCAUACGAAUGCUUACAGGGAAGGCCGACAACAUCGUUCGACUGGCGCUCUACGACUACCACCCGGACGUCGAAUUCGCCGAGUGGUGUAACCACACGUUUGGUGGCGUGAAUACGCUGACGUCGCUGUGCAUACAGCACUUGUCGUCCGAGUACCGCAUACCGUGCCGGAACCUGGGGCACCUCAAGAUCGGUGUCUGCUCCUUGUCCAACAUCCUGCUAGCCCUCCGAUCGACGGCGGUCUUAUGGGAGCUCUCGAUCAACGAGAUCACGGAGAGCGGCGAGAGCACCGACACGGAAGGCUGGCAGCCCCUCGUCAUGACGAAGCUGCGGUCCCUGCAGCUCUAUGGCGGCGGGCAUGCCCAGUUCCUCCAACACCUCACCCUACCCGUCCUCCGGACACUCACACUACGCGACUGGCGCCCCCACGCCAACGUGCUGACGCAGCUCAUCGAGCGCUCACGUUCACGUCUUCGCAACCUAACCCUCGAAGGGCGAAGCAUACACGACGCGGAUCUGAUCAACGCGCUGCGCCAGGCGCCGACCGUGCAGGCCCUACACAUCACCGUCCACCGACUGCCGACGGAUCACCUCAUACACGCUCUGCACUUCCGCCCCUGCGCCUGCGACGUCGAGCGACCGCACACGCCCUUCCUGCCCAAGCUCCUCGACCUACAAGUGCGCGUGAUGGUGCCGUUCGAGGGCCCCGUCGACGGCGCGCUCGCGGCGAACAUGAUCGAGAGCCGAUAUCGAGCGCGAACCCCAGGAGAGGGACCGCGCACGGGCGAUGUCGCGAACUUCACGCGCGUGGAGCUGCACGAUGUGGUCGCGUCGAUGGAUGCGGACGCGCGGGCACGACUGCGCAUCGUGCGCGAGCGGGGACUCAAUCUGCAGUGCACGAGCCAUCAGGCAGACCUGAUCACCAUGGAAGGGACGGACACGCCCAACACACCUGUAUCAUAACACACUUGCAUUCGCAUUGUUUCCGCAUCCGCCGCAUUGCUCUUGUUGAUCACCCACUCACUGGAUCGUUCUGUUACUUAUUGACUCGUCUAUUCAUGUUCGUCCGGCGCCUGGUCCAUAUAGGCAUAAUUCAUAUACUAUUGUGCCAUGUGUAGACAGCUGUCCAUACUGUCAGGAAUGAAUUGACUUUGCUACUUGCCAGAAGAAACUGACAGACGUCGUUGAACGUGUUGUAGCGCCGAAGCGU